CUAUUUGGAAUGCUGUAUUUCCAUUAUUUGUAAAGCUUCCUUGACUCGGCUACAGCUAAUUGGGCCACUUUAUUCCACUUGUAUCAAUCACAUGUCUGUUUGUGAUGAAUACCAGUGACCAAAACAAAUUGUUACUACAGUGCUGUAGUCGCUUUUAGCCUGAGGGGUGGCUGGUUUGAUGGUGGUGGGAUUAGGGUGUGCUGUUUGGGCCUUUUUCCUCUGAUGGGUUGGGUGCUGCUGUGCUGAAACAGUGCAACAAUAGACAGGAAGCAGAGGAAAAUGAUAGCACAGACAUUUUCGUUGUCAUCCUUUACGGAGAGGAAAUGCAGGGGAAGUUAGUAACUCAGUAUUGUCCUAUUGUUUAUAACAAGAUGUAGAUGCAACUAAUAUUGAGAUAAAUAGGCUGAUAAACAGCCAUCCAUUUUCUAUCGCGCUUUUCCACAUGACUAGGAAGAAAAUCCAGCAAAACCCCACAAAACCACAGGGGGAUCAUGUAAACUGCACAGAAAAGCUGUAGCUGAGAGUUGAACCCUCAACCUUCCCUGUGAGGAAGACAUGCUAAUCAUAAAUGGAGAAAAUUUGGGAAGGGAUCACAGAUGGAGGGAUCCACCUUUCAGAUUGGUGCCCAAUAUAAAUCACAUAAUAGGAUGUUAUCCAUCCAUCCAUCCAUCCAUCCAUCCAUCCAUCCAUCCAUCCAUCCAUCCAUCCAUCCAUCCAUCCAUCCAUCCAUCCAUCCAUCCAUCCAUCCAUCCAUUUCCUCUAGACGCUUAUCCUCACGAAAGUCGCAGAAAUGCUGGAGCCCAUCCCGGCUGCCAACGGGCAGGAGACGGGGUACACCCUGAACUGGUUGCCAGCCAAUCGCAGGGCACAAAGAGACUAACAGCCGCACUCACAAUCACAGAGGAGGAGAAUUGGCAGGUAAACAGGCCAAAAUUCAGAUUUCAUGGGAUGAGGGAGGGCUAGAGACUAGUUGGAGUGGAAGAGUGUAGAAAUAAAUUGAGAUUUAAGCAAAUGUACAGAGACAGCCACUCUAAAUUCCCUGGGUAGGAUAUCCAAGAGUAGUGGAUCUUGAAUAGAGAAUACUCUAGAUCCUGCUGACUUCUUGAAAAGACAUAUAAGACAGAAAAAGCAGUUCGCAUGCGCAAUACUUUCAUUUCUGCCAUGGUCGUAUGAUGGGCUUGUGUCCCAUGUAUGUAUAUUUGGAGAAUUUUGAUUUACAUGGAAAGGAAACUGUCAAAAGGGACCACACAACACAUCAGUGCUGAGAGAGGAAUUUGCUGCUAACUGUUGCCAUGAUACAGCCUCCCUAAAUUACAAGUCCAGCGAGUGGCCAGACAUGACCUGGCAGCAAACUGGACAAAUUGCGCUUGUCCAGUUUGUGAGAGAACCAUCCUAUGACACUGCUCCGGAAUGUUUGCAUGCGUUUCAUGCGGUAGCCGUUUCAUUGCAUCAUUUGUGCUCACGUCUGGCUGGAGGACCGUUCACAACCUUGAGGCGAGUGUGCUUUUAAAAAGAGAUCACAUUUUUUUUUUAUCUAUGCAAUAUCCUUUUCACUUUCUUAAAAAAAAAAAAAACAGCAAUUUUCGAUAGUACUUGUACAGGAUCCAUUUUGGUGUUUAUGAAGUGCAAAAUUGAAAUACUUCUGGCAUGAGAGUUAAAUCACAAACUUUAGUAAUCCAUCCAUCCUCUGUUUGAGGCACACUUGAGUAAAUGGAUAACUGUUUAACUAUGAACAAUGAAAAGGAAACAUGGCAGGAUAGUUAAACGCUCCCCAGUUGUUAUAUUUUUGCCACAUGAGUGCUCCCUCCAUUUUAAAGUAGAAUGCCAUGCUCGGCACAUAACAUCCAAUAAUGCUUUGCUCCACAACACAGUGGAACGAACCUCUUAAGAUUGAACAGUCAUUUCAGCCUCCAAUUUGUUUAUUUUCCCAGACAAUCAUUCCCAUAGAAAAUAAAGGAAGUAGAAAUAAUCAGUUUGAUAGUCAAGGAAAAUAGAUUUCUUCAUUGUCAUCCAUGUGUAAAGAUAAAGUAACUGCUCUAUUAAUAAAACAAAUGAAAAAAAAACUGCACACCAUCUGAUUUCUGAUGUGUAGCUUAGCAUUCAUAAAUUAUGUUGGUUUACCUUUGGCGUUGAGUGACUAUGCGAAGAGAAGGGUGAGUGACGAGCAAAAGGCAUCGCGGGGACGGAGGGGGAGGCAAACAUUUCACAGCCGAGAGAGAAAACAUACGUACGAACGUAUGCACCCACACAACUUAAUGACACUAAAGUUUCUUGAUGAAGAAAUAUGAAUAAAUUUGCAAAAAACAAACGAAAAAGUCACAGAAAACAUGUUCUUUGUCUUAUGAAAAGUCUACUAGCGUAACGCAAACACUUACUGGGAUACACCAAACAGUCUAGCGAAACUAGCACUGAUAUCGCUGCAUUAAUAAAUAUUUAAACAACUUAUAUUGACCACAAGUGGUAGCAACACAUGCAGACAGAACAUAGAACAAUACUUCCAAACAUAAAUUAUUCAUCCUCAUUAAAAAAAAUUACGAAUAUUACUACAGCCAUUAUUUCCUAUAGAGACAACAAUGAUUUUUCUUUGCUAAAAAAAAAUAGAUCAUUACCAAAAUAGAAUUUUGUACAUGGAGUUAUGUCCAUCUUCAGUUUCUUACUAAGGUGCUCUGAAAGGCAUGUUAUGUUUAAAAAUAUGAUGUUCUCAUUUUAAAGGAUAUUUUUUAACAAUACAUUUUCUUUAUUGGCGGCACGGCGGAGAAGCUUGAAAGCGUUGGCCUCACAGUUCUGAGGACCGGAGUUCGAAUCCUGGCCCCACCUGUAUGGAAUUUGCAUGUUCUCCCCGUGCCUGCGUGGGUUUUCUACAGGCACUCUGGUUUCCUCCCACAUCCCAAAAAGAGGUUCCCCUCAAGUCUUGGCCUGACAAUAGACUAUUUAUAGUGUUUCAUAAUGCUAUCACAAUUGAGAGUGGACCCUUCGAUUUCCUUUCAUACUGAUAUCAAAAAUAUUGAUAAGAGCAUUUCAAUUGAGAUGAAGUAAAACAUUUUUUUGUGACUACUGCUGGGUAAAUUUGAUUGAUGAAUUUUGUCAGUGAUAAUUUUUUUGCAAUUUUUAAAAAAUUGAAACCUCAUACAUCCUUUACAUCCCUGAACAAAUGCAGCAUGUCAAUCCUUUUUUUUUUUUUUUUACAAUUUUUCUUACAGACAACAGGUUCACGGGAAUCUUUUAACUUCACUCAACUGCCUUGUCAGAUAAAAACUAACCUGCUAACCCCUGCUAUACAAACUGUGCGCCAUUACCAAGAUUUUAAAAUGCCACUUCUAUCUAGCUCAACAGAAUGAAUAAUUUACAUUAAAUAUGCUUCAUAGGAUUUCACAAAUUAAAGCAUAAAUAAGAGAAUUGCGCAUCAUAAAUAUCCACUACACAUGAAACCACGGUGCAACUUAAAGGUUGAACACAAUCUGUUCCUGGACCCCUGGUCAACCUCUUUUUCCAAUUGGAAAUGAAAAUAUUAAAUUGUUCAAGCUAUCAUCAUCAUCAGAAAUCCACUAAGCAAUUGCUAAUAAUUGCUAAUACGUUUGUGCUUGUGUGACGGACCAAUUUAUUAUACAAGGGGUCAAAACGAUCACUGUGAAGCUUCAAGGGAGACUAUUUCAUUUACCCAUUUUUCUAAUUGAAUUAUUUUGUUGGACAAUUUGUACUUGUACAUUACGGUUGUGAAAAUUGUCUCUUAUUAAGUCAGGAUACAUACUGAAGGGUGUUUGCGUGAAAAUAUACUCAGGUGGCAUUUCAUCACCUUUAAUUUUUGUGAAAAGAUUUUGCUUUAUUUUCCAAAGUGAAUGUCCACAGGGAUGCUAGUGGCGAUUCAGUAGGCAAUAGUGACGACUGUCACUUGACAUCUGAGCUGAAUCAGCACCAUGUUGACUCUCAUGACUCCGCACACGAUGGCUUCAAUCUCCAUAAUUUCCUUCAUCUGCGUCACACAUGCACGAACCCCACACAAAUGCAGUGAUUUUUUUUUUUUUUUUCGGACUACAUACAGUAUGGACAGUAUACAAUGUGUGGGUGUGUAAUGGCGACUAAUCCAAUUUGUGGUCUUUUUCUGGAUCUGUAGUUGUCACUGAUCCCUUAAUCUCUGUGGCAAGAGGUCCACACUUUUUCCUCACUUAAUCAAUGCAAUAUUUAUUUUGUAAUUUUCAUGAAUGAAUAUGGCGAGUAAACACAAGGCAAGCUUUACUCGCACCCCUCCAGUUAAGCACAUCACACACACAGGACUCGGGUUGCUGCCCCAACGCUGUUUAGCUCAGCUACUCCCUGAUCCGCCGCCAUGCAUUCACUCACUCAGGGAAGCUGAGUGACUUGCGUGUGCCGUGUGAUAUGCCUGUUGCUGAGUGCAAUGUCAGAGCACAUGCAGCUCUCCCUUGCAAUUUGCAGGAUUGGGCUUUACAGGUGUUUCCGGGCACUGUGCUGUAAAGGACCGCCACCGCCAAGACCGGAGUAUGAUGUGGUGUGCAUUGGCCUGACAGGUGCUGGAAAGACAAGCCUGCUCUCACGACUCUGUAGUGAAGGCGGUGACGGAGUUGUUCCCACCACAGGUUUUAGCAUCAAAGCAGUGCCAUUUCCUAAUGCCAUCUUGAAUGUAAAAGAACUUGGAGGAGCUGACAACAUCAAGAAAUAUUGGUGCCGCUACUACCAGGGUUCCCAGGGUGUCGUCUUCGUAUUGGACAGCGCUUCAUCAGACGAGGACCUUGAGGCGGCCCGUAAUGAGCUGCACUCGGCCCUGCAGCACCCUCAACUUUGUACGCUGCCUUUCCUCAUCCUCGCCAAUCACCAGGAUAAGCCCGCUGCAAGGACGCCAAACCAGAUCAAGAAAUACUUCGAGCUGGAGCCGUUGGCCCGCGGCAAGCGCUGGAUCCUGGACGGCAGCAGCACGGACCACGUGGAGGCCGUGAAGGAAAGUUUUGCUCAAUUCAUCGGCUUGCUGGAGGACAAAGACACGGCGGUCGGCAGGAUAUGAUGGCGAGAAGUUGGCUCCGUAGGAUUUGACGCGAGGCUUGGAGGUCCGUUGGUCGGUGAUGUCGUAGCUCCAACCUGGAAGGCAAACAUCGGCGUGAGUGAUAGCCGGCGGCGACGUCGCGUUGGACGACUUCCAACUGCAGAGAGGCGUCGGGUGAACGUCGGCGGGCUGGCUGUUGUCACCGAGUCAUAAACACAGGACGGGCCGUCCUUUCAACAAACUUUUCCCAGAUGCUUGGAGGCGACAUGUCGGCCGUUUGAACUCGCGUUUCUACAAAACCCCAAUUCCAAUCGAGUUGGGACGUUGUGUUAAAACUAAUAAAAACAGAAUACAGUGAUUUGCAAAUCAUGUCCAACCUAUUUUUUAUUGAAUACACUACAAAGAGAAGAGCAUUUAUGUGUGAUAAACGUGAUUUUUGUUAUCUUUUUUAUUUUGUGUGUUUGAAGCCACGCUGUUGAAACACGUGCAGAACGUGUUUUGACAUUGUCUUAAUGAAAUAAGCAAGAGCGUCCGUGAAAAAUAUGUUGCUUGGAUGGAAAAAUUAAUGCACAUUUCUAAAUUGUUACGCACAACUGAAUUUGAAGAUAUUUGACAGGUCUUAAACGGAAGGUUGUCAUUUCUUGACUUUACAGCAUUAGGUCCGAGUUCAUGAAAUCAAAAAUUACUGUAUUGCAAACAAAAGUCAAAAUUAAAAGUUUGACAGCAACUUCCCAACUCUCACAUUUGUUAAAUUUGUGGCUUUUUGGAGAGUUCCUGCUUGAAUAUCUUUUUUUGAAAAAUAUUUGCAUCAUAAUUUGGAACUCAAUAUAGUUUUUAUUUUGGGGGGAUUAAUUGGAUUUCCAUUAUUUCCUAUGGGAAAUCUUGCUUUAGCUUUCAUCCAACUCCAUUUUGGACUUUUUGGAACGGAAAACCGUCGUUCCGCUGCAAUUCCGGUGACACCCGGAAUUGUUUGGCAGUGCGAAUCCUCAUCACGAUUCUGUUUCCACUCCCUUGUAAUAUCAGCACCUCAAGUCACCCGUGGAUUAAAGAAAGAGAAACGCGACAAAGAACCGGGUCGGAUCAAACGUUCCUCCAUCGGCACGCCAAAGCUGAAGCAG